CACCGCCAAACGCAGGCUCUGCAUCAGAAGGCAGCCGCCAGCAAUAUCGAUAUUAGAGAUGUACAAAAUACUCUGAAAAUAUUCCAACCUACUUUAUUUAACGUUUGUUUGAAAGAACCUCCGGCAGAGGGCAAAUCAUAAGCCAAAAUGGAACCAGCACCGAGGUUGGAGCUCACUGAUGCCUGCCAUCACUAUGAAGGCCGCCACGAAGUUCCAUGGGACAUUCAAAAGUACUUUUCACAGCGAUACUCUAUAUUUUCCAUGUACGACGAAGGAGUGUACAUGACCGACGACGCUUGGUUUGGCGUAACGCCAGAACCAAUUGCCGUUACAAUUGCGACAGAGCUUAUUGAUACCCCAAAAAGAUUCAAAGUCUUGAUCGAUCUGUUUGCAGGCGCUGGCGGCAACUCCAUAUCCUUCGCAAUGAGCGAACGAUGGGAUCGGGUAAUUGCUAUUGAGAAAGAUGCCGCGACGUUAGCGUGUGCUCAAAAUAACGCUGCAGUGUACGGAGUCGACCCGUCCAGCAUCACAUGGGUUCAUGGGGAUAGUUUCGAGUUUCUGGACAAGGUGUUCAACAACCAGGACGAGCUACACGAGGACUUGAGAGUUAAUCUCGAUGAGACAAUGCUAUUUGCUAGCCCUCCAUGGGGCGGUCCGGGUUAUUCCACUGAUAAGAUAUUUGAUUUGACGCAGAUGCAGCCGUACAACUUGGAACAGCUACAUGGCGCAUACAAAGAGCUCGACCACCUACUUUUCCUACCGAGGACUAGCGAUUUGCGUCAGCUGGCGAAGCUGGCACCGCCUGGAGAAAAGGUAGAAGUCGUACAAUACUGCAUGGAGGGUGCCAGCAAAGCACUUGGUGCUUAUAUUCCAGGUCUGCGGAAUAAGGCCAAGGCAUGAAUUGGUCAGGCCGCCGACGACCAGCAUCACUGCCCGCCGAUGUAUAGUCGAAGGACCCUUAUCAACAUAUAAUGAUUAACGUGUAUCAAAUAUAUAUCCUCAUGAUUGUUUU